AUGAGCAACAGUAAAAACCCAAUUGAAUUUGAUAAAAUAAUUAAUUCGAAUAAAACCAAAUUUAUAAACGAGCAAUUGAGAUCUGGGCUGUCUGACGAUACACCUGAAUCUACAACUACUUGUACACCUACUCAACACCCCACUACCACGCCUCGUCGUCGUAAACCACCCUCCCCGAUAAAGAUAUUCCAAAACAAUCUCAGCCUCGAGAAAGUCGGUAUACCCACUUCACCCGCUUUUAAUCAUAAUUGGUGCGAAAAUGAUAACGCACUCUCUCCUUCCACCUCUAUGCCCUCUCCUCAGCCUUCCCCUCAACCUUCCCCUAGAAUUUCGUCUUUGGCUUUCUCUAGGGAAAAUAGGGAUUCUAGCAUGAACACCAUCACUCCAAAGGUUUCAAAUAGAGACGUCGAUCACCUCCCUCCUUUACCCCCUUCUCCUACCGAUAUUGGCAUGCUUUGCUUCAAUCAAGACGAAUCAUUCCUCCCUAAACACAAACACGCUCAAUACCUUGGAUCCCCUUCCCCUUUCAAUAAAGACGCGUUAAUGUCUUACAUGUCUCAGUUCGACUUCUCCAAUCUACGCCUGGAUAAUGCUCUCAGGAAACUUACCUCCAAAUUGUUCCUACGCGCUGAAUCUCAGCAGAUUGAUCGCAUCUUAGAAUCUUUUUCCUUUAAAUUUUUCAGCGAUAACCCUUCUUCAGUAUACCGCAACCCAGACAUCGUACACGCUAUAUCCUACUCUAUUCUACUCCUUAACACUGACUUACACAUUGCAGAUAUUGCUACUCAUAUGUCUAGAAACCAAUUCCUAAAAAACACUCUCAAUGUUAUACACAACCAGUGCGAUAACUUUAAGGACCUUGAUGCUGAUGACUCCUCUUCUAUUAGCUCUUCUACUAAUGAUAACUCCACAUCAACCCAUCAACCACCUCCUCUAUCUUACUACUCGAGAAAAAGUAAUAUUGCUCGCAACGGUAGCUUAUCCUCCAUCAAGUCCAACCUCUCUCCUCCUUCUUCUUCCUCUUUCUCCGAUGACAAGGUUAAAAAGAGCUCUUCUUCCAUUACUAUCAACCAAAGCUAUCAUCUUCAUCAGCUAGAUUCCGACUUAGAACCUUUACUGCGAGAAAUUUACAACAGCGUCCGCUUACACAAAAUACUACUUCCUUUAGACUCUACCACUGCUGGUAAUCUCUCUGCCAGUAAUCAUCGCAAAAAAAAUACUAAUAACAGACAAAGACUACCUAGGAAUAUGUCCUCUACUUCCAUGAGCGCUUCUUCUCUAAAGCGUGGUAGUAUACGCGGUCUGUCUAGUCUUCUUGGAAAUGAAGGUCGAUCAUCGCCUACUUGUUCUUUGGGUUCGGUAAUGGAGAAACCUGCUCCUUCUAUCGGUUUUGCUUCAAAUCUCUCACAAACUAUCAUAAAAGAACAACAUGAAGAAUCAAACUCACUCAAAUCAUCUCCAUCAGAAAUAACUUUGGCCGAAUUAACACUCAAAGAUGAAGAAUUAGCUUUGAUGGGUCCUCCUUGGGCUAAAGAGGGAUUUUUACAGCGCAAACACUACUAUGAAUCUCAAAAUAAGCGUUCAAAAGACCGCAAUUGGCUAGAAGUCUUUGUCGUGAUAUCUAAAGGUUAUCUGAAAAUGUUUACUUUUGGUGACACUGCUGGUGUACAAGGUGCUCAAUCUAAUGGUGGUGUAGGUGGUGGUAAUUGGACUAAUAACGCUAAUUUAGUGGAAGAUGUUCCGCUAGCACAUUCCAUUUCUGAUAUAAUGAAACCUGGCUAUAAUAGAUCACGGCCUUAUUGCUUUCAACUUAUAUUGCCUAAUGGAGGUAAAUAUUACUUACAAACAGGUACAGAAUCUUUAUUAGAAGAGUGGGUAUCAACAUGCAAUUAUUGGGCAUCACGAUCUUCUAAGGAGCCUUUGAGUGGUGGCAUUUCAAAUAUGGAGUAUGGAUGGAAUACAACGUUGAGUGAGAUUGAGCAGGGUACAUCUUCAACCCAUCUCAAGCCACAGAAGGAAGAAGAUGGGAGUAGUGUAAAGUCAAACUACUCUUUCAAUAGAUGGAAGCAAACAUUUCGUACUAAUGCAGAUAGAACGUUUAUUGAAGAAUGGAAUUCUCCUCAUUUACCUGUUGUUUCUUCCAGCCUAGCCGAGGAAGAUCAAAGAAAGGCUCUUGAAAAGUGUAAUAACAACUUGAAGAAAGAACUACGUAUACACCGACAAGUUUACGACAAAAUGUUACAAAAUUACUCAAUCAAAUCAUCCAAUCGCGAUAAGGCGGUUAAUAAUUGGAAUAAGAAGACAAAAUAUUUAACAAAUGAGAUGAAAAAGUAUGAAAGGUAUAUAGAGGAGUUGUCAAAGGCGAUAAGUAUGCGUAAGGAAAAGGAGCAAGAAAAGUACGUGGAAAGGUUGGAGAGAGUUGGGAGUGUUGAAGAGGAUGAUGAUGAUGAUGAUAAGAUUGAGGAUGAUGAGGAUGACUGA